AUGGUUCAAUAUAAUUUUCAAGCUCCUUGGGUUCCAUUAUUAAAUAAUUGUAUAAAUGGAGAAUUAACAGCAACGGAUCAUAAACCACCUUUUACAACUUUUCAAUUAGCUACAAUAGAUACUAAAACAGGUUAUCCAAAAAAUAGAACAUUAAUAUAUAGAGGUUGGUUAUUUGAUAACAAAUCAUCAAAUAUUUUAACUUUUACAACCGAUAAAAGAAUGGAAAAAUAUCAAGAACUUUUAGUGGAUGAUAAAAUAGAAGCAGUAUUUUGGUUUAGUCAUAUUAGAAAACAAAUUAGAUUUAGAGGUAUUGCUAAAAUUAUAGAUGAUGAACAUAUACCAAAUAUAGAUUUAAGUCAUAUUAAUGGAGCUAAUGAUAACAACACAAAUUCAAAUAUACAAUCAAAACCUAUACAAUCAUCAUUAUUAUCACCAUCAACUACUAAAAAUCAAAAUUCUCAAGAAGAAAAUCAUCAUACAGAAAAUUUAAUUCCACCUACCAAAGAAGAAUGGGAACAAGAACUAAAAAGAAAUUGGGAACAAUUAUCAAAAUCUAUGAAAACUUCAUUUAGAAAACCACAUCCUAAAUCAGAAAUGAAUGACGAAAAUUUAAAAUUAAUCUCAAAGAUACAAAGAGGUGUUGAUGGUAAAAAAGAUGAUGAUGGAUUUAAGAAUUUUGUCUUGGUGGGGUUAUUUAUAAAUUAUGUUGAUUAUUAUGAACAAGAUAAAGAUAAAAGAUUUGUUUAUGAAUUAAAUGAUGAAUUACAUUGGGAAGAGAAAGAAGUAUGUCCUUGA